AGGAUUGCGUCGCGUCAUUGUGCCUGAGCGCUGUCUCCCGGCGUGCACUGCGCACGCUGCAGUUAGGCCACGUCCCCGGGCCACGUAGCUCGGAUCUCGCCAUUUUAACGGAUUGAAGUGAGUGGCUGCAGUGUCAGAGGCAGUCUACGCGGCCCCGGGUCACCUGUGCCCUCUCUUCUUCCCCCCGGACACCGUAGUACCCUGCUCACCCACCUCUCCUGACACCAUGAACAUCUUCAGAUUAACCGGGGACUUAUCCCAUCUUGCAGCCAUCAUCAUCCUGCUGCUGAAGAUCUGGAAGAGCCGAUCCUGUGCCGGUAUUUCUGGAAAGAGUCAGCUUCUGUUUGCACUGGUGUUUACCACACGAUACCUGGAUCUCUUCACAGCGUUCAUUUCAUUCUACAACACUGCUAUGAAGGUGAUCUAUGUUGCUUGCGCAUAUGCAACAGUUUAUCUCAUAUACAUGAAGUUCAAGGCUACCUACGACGGAAAUCAUGACACAUUCAGAGUGGAAUUUCUCAUUGUUCCUGUUGGUGGAUUGUCCGUCCUUGUCAAUCAUGACUUCUCUCUCCUUGAGAUCCUAUGGACCUUCUCCAUCUACUUGGAGUCUGUGGCCAUCCUGCCUCAACUCUUCAUGAUUAGUAAAACAGGUGAAGCGGAGACAAUCACUACACAUUACUUAUUCUUCUUGGGCUUGUACCGUGCCUUGUACCUCUUCAACUGGAUUUGGCGCUUCUCAUUUGAAGGCUUCUUUGACCUGAUUGCCAUUGUUGCGGGCGUGGUACAGACCAUACUGUACUGUGACUUCUUCUACUUGUAUGUUACGAAAGUACUAAAGGGGAAGAAGCUGAGUUUGCCAGCAUAAGUGCCAAAGACUGGGACCAGCAGCUGUCCUCCACACCGUCUGGACAGAACAAUCCUUUUGAGCGAAGGCAUAAGAUGCGUGAAGCAGAGUCAAAUACACUACUUUUAUAUGCAGAACUGCCUUCUUUGCUGCCGGAGAGGCCCAGAGCAAUGUGGCAUGACGGCCCCUC